CUGUGUCUUUACAAUAUUGCCAGAAUGUUCGUUGUUACACUUUACCCAACAAAUUGUAACAAGUUGUAUCCUUAUUUUCCGGUCCACCCACCAGCGAAAUUCGCCAAAAAAGAAAACGGUAACCGUACCGUACGCAGACGAGUACGAAUUUUUUAAGUGUAAUUCCACAUGAUGGCGGUGCUAAAUGGUGCAUACAACAUGCAUGCCAUGGAAUGGCACGCUACAACAUGUACGUCGCAGGCAUCCGCCAUUCCCUUCAAAGCUCUUGAACCAGGUAAAAGAAUGUCAGCAGUUGACAUUUCAACUCAGGUUUGGAAGAAGCAACGAAUCAUGUAUCCCUUAGAAGUUGUGGAACAACCCAGAUCUUUGGGAACCCCAUUUGUCAAAGACACUGAUUUGCCGUCUUCUAGUUCAUACAUUGUGGGAGAAAAAAGUACCACAGAGAAAACAACACAUCCAAGCUUGUUGCUGAUGAACUACCAAGGACCGGUAAAUUUAGUCUGGUAUCUGGUUGCAGAUGAUGUCAUAUACCCACAUCCAUAUGUUUUAGAGGGAGUGGAUUGUCAAGAUGGGGUCUGUACCAAGACCAUUUUGGCCAAAGGACAGAUCAUAAGUUUCCCAGGGUUGUAUGUGCGGAGUGUCAGCAAGGAAGAUAUUCCGAAGACGUUAGAGAGACGCUUAGACAUCCUGAAGGAACACUUGCCAGGGACAGGGUUCAAGCUGAAAGACCCAACUGAAUAUAAUCUCAGUUCUGUAAGAAUCUGCUUCCAUGUGAAGUUCCCAGAUGCAAAUAGAUGCCAGGAAAUGCUUUCACUUGUAACGAAAUCAUUGCACAGUAAAGAGCCACCUUUACAAAGAGAACCCCGCAUUCUGUCCGUCAGUCAGUGCAAAGGAUCCGUACUGGGACGAGAAGAACUCACGCUGCGGGUCACCAACCUCAAAACUGAUGAUGUCUUUGUGUUUUUCCAUUGUGAGAGCACAGCACCCAGAUCCAGCUGGCAGGCAUUUGCUGAAGUCAUCAGUAUUUCCCGCCAGAAAGCAACGCCUGUGGACAUUGUAGUCAAGACGCCCCCAUACCCCGACCAGCAAAUCAGCGAACCACAAACAGUAGCCAUCCAGAUACGAUUGCUGGAUUACUCUCUCAGCAACACAAUGAAGUAUACAUACAUCCCUGAACCGAAAGGGGUGACCAGGUCUGAACAAAAAGUGAAACUCAGAGAGCCCAUCUAUGUCCAAUACUUCACUUGUCUUGGAGCCUCAGCAAAUAUCAAUCCAGUUUUGAAAAUGACCCAUGAAGAAAAAGGAGCCGGGAGUUCCCGAGCCAAUGGUCUUGAUCGGAUGUAUGUCUACAAACACAAAGACUCACGGGCAGUAAGGAAGGCCAAACCAAACAAGGUGAACGCUGGCUCCCAGACUGAGGAACGAUAUCUGAGGCCUGGUGGUUUGGGGGAAGGAUAUGAUUCUGAAGAAGAACUUGGAGUAUCUGAUGAUAGAGUUGAUUACAAUCGUCUGGAAAGAUAUAGAUCUCUGAUGAUGGGGUCUGAAUCCCCACCUCAUGACCCGUCUACAAACGACACUGAAGCACACCCACAAAGGGGAGGUGGUUUAUCUCGGAUGUAUUUCAGUCCUAGAGAUGUUCUUCGUAGUUUACAGUCUUCGAAGUCCAACCAAUCAAACAGCUCAGAUUCGACGCUACAUCAAGAUGGCUUUCAGAGUUCAUCUGUAUACAGUAGUAGCAACCUCGAAUCAGAAAACCUGGUCAGGGACAUGUCACUGGUCAACCUUCAGUCACAGUCACCACAUGGAGGAGAGGGAUUCUCAUCUGCUGCCAGCAAAAGAGAUACUGUCAAAAGUGUGAAGGACUUGGAUCAAGACUUAAAGGACGAGCCAGAAAACAGUCCAUCUAACAACACAGAGACUGGUGAUUCCUCUGCCGUUUCAACAUCCAUUUGGAUAUUUGGUAGACACCAGUGUGAGUUUUCGAUUGAGGGUACCCUUCAAGUGAUAGAAAUUGUUCUACGAUCACCUGAAGCCAGUGACUUGCCUGAUUUAGCCGGAAGCAACUUGUACCCAGCCAUUGUGGACAAGGCAGAGUUUCCAGUCAGUGUUAACAAAGCAGGAUUGGUUGCUGUCAAGACAAUUGAUGCAAGUCUGUUCCAGGAAGAGGCCUACUCCAUCUGGUGUAGAUUGGAGCACAAGAACCUGAUAACCAUCUUUGGCAUAAUAAAGCAGGAAGCUAGACGUUGUCUUAUUCUUGAAUUCCCAGAGGAGGGAUGCUUGGAGAGAUAUUUGUCAAUGGCAGACCCAGCCUCCCUUCAACCAGAAAAGUGGUGGAAAUGGAUUGUACAGGCUGCUGAAGCAUUACAGCACCUUCACAAGAAUGAUCUGGCUCACCAGGAGAUUACGGUGGCAAAUUGCCUGAUUUCAGCUGAUGGAAAUCUCAUGCUGAACAUCCCAACAAAUCUAAUUGCAUCGAAAAAUUUCUUGGAAGAAGGAGUUGCGGUCGUGGAUGAAGAAUUCAAAACAGCUAAAGCAGGUGAUAUUCUCUCAUUUUCUGUUCUGGCUCAGAUUUGGCUUCAAAACUGCAAUCUAUCUGAAAAUGUUGCAAAGACCUUUGACUCUUUUUGGAAAACUUGUACUCGAAAAGAUAGACCAAGUGCACAGGAAGUUGUGAAGAUACUGCAGAGUUACAAUCAGUUGGGGACAUCUGGAAGUUCCGCAGUACCACUCUUAAACAUGGUGCCUCCAAGCCCUGACCAUGAUACAGACCAACAGGGUGCUAAAGAUUUCGCAGGUCUUGGGAGCUACUUCACGGAUCCAAUUCCUUGUUCCCCAGAUAGUGGCAUUGUUGCGACCAGCGAGUCCAAGAAGUCUGUCUUAACUUUACCAACCGGGCCUGAACGAAAUGACUUGGAAACCAGUCGUGAGUCAGCCUUCUCAGAUUCUUCUCAAAAGAACGAGAACAGUUUAAAUACAUUGGUUUUCGAGUCUGUCACCCUAGGUCAUGAGCAAACUGAAGCUGGAAACCUGACUAACUCUCAAGAAGGCAACAAGCCAAGUGGUGAAGAGUCUCCUCCAACGGAAACUCAGGAAUCCGCCAACAUCUCAGAUGAUGACAACACGGAGAUAUUGGAAGAGAGAUCUGAGGGUGGACAAGGUGGCUCAGAUAGGCAUGAAGAGGGUCAUGAACAGAAUGGUAGAGAUGAGGAAGGUUCUAAAAGUCACCUGCGUCCUCCUAAGGUAACCAAACGCAUCGAUCACACCGGGGGAAAGCUGGAGCUUUUCAACGGUGAAAUCUCCUUGGAGAUCCCUCCAGGAGCUCUUCGGGAGGGUCAAGUGGAAGACAUCACACUGAGUGUGGACUGGAAUGACAAGCAUGUACCACCGUUGAGACUUAGUGACAUGAACGUAGCACCGGUAGUCCAGUGUGGACCAACGGGUCUACAAUUUAACAAGCCAGUGCAGCUCAAGUUGCCUCACUGUGCCGUGAUACCAGAUAACAAGCACUGUAAAAUGACUGUCCAUUGCAGCAAAACUAAAGAAGGAGAGACGCCACAAUGGAAUAGGAUUUCAAAGCCAGAGGAUUCAGACAUGGCGGUGGAAUGCCAGGAUGGAUGCUUCAUUCUCUCAGUCUGUCAUUUCACUUCUUUUGCUGUCACGUUGGAAAGUGGGGAGGAGAUCUUUGCCAAAGAGAUCAUGUUUGUUCCCUACGGGCAGGAAAUCAGUACAUUGCAGGACGAUCAAGAGAUUCGCAUCUACUUGUAUAAUUAUCAUUCCAGUAACAGGGAGCAAAUACGACAAGAAGAACAGUACCUUGGCGGGAAGCAACUAGAUGCCCCCAAAGCGUACCACGUUCUGGAGCUCCCAAGAGGCAGCAUGGUUGUCAAAGUAGAAUAUCAUGAUAAGUCGUGGCUGUUGAGAUCAUCCCUCACAAAUACAUUCUUGUUCCGCAAACUCUGGAAUCUUCAGUCCUACGAUCAGUGCAAGUUUAUCUGGAGCAACAAGAGUGAAGCAGUCAAGUUUAUGUGUCGCAUUUCUGCUCAGCAGCUCACCAAUGAUGAAAGAAUGCUGUUAGAGAUAUCUAAUCAUGUAAAGAUGUCACAGCAGACUCUUCUUCAAAUGGACACUGCCAAAAAUUCCACCCUCGUGCCUGAUGACUUGCCACAACAGGCUUCAGAAAACUCUUUACUCAUUGCACAACCAAGUAGCAGUCUCACAAGUGCCGAUGCGGGUAUCAGUUCCAUGCCUCGAUUAAGUAUUGACAGUAUCAAUAUUUUUAAUAAUUACGCUCUAUCCCCAUCAGGAUUCACGGGUGUGGUUCUUCCACCAGGUUCACCACCUCUCAUACCUAAUGAGUUGAUGAAUUCACUUUGUGAAAAAUUGGAUCAAACUCAUGUUUUGGGUUGGGAUUGGACAAAACUUGCCUCAGACUUUGGGUAUGAUAAACACAUUGCAUUUCUAAAGAGUAGGCAGUCACAGUGCCCAACUUUCUCCCCAACGCUUGAAAUUCUAAAACUCAUAUAUCAGGAACAGAAGAUCAAAUCACUCACUGCCCUUGAAGAGUAUUUUAGAACCAUACAAAGAGAAGAUGUUGCUGGUAUAGUAGCUGAUUAUCGGGCAGCACAUACAGAUGAGGAAAACAUGAUAACCAGUGUAACCCCCAGUCCAGAUGAGAUCAAUAGUCCAUUGACUGCAGACCAGAUGCCUUUUUCAGAUCCUCCAAACAGCCCCUCUCCAGAUCUCAUUCAAGAUAUUGCCAACAGGGCUACCUCAGUCAAUCAAGAGGUCCCAGAGAAUCUCAAUCAGUCUCUUGAAUUGGUUAACAACAACCAGAUGAGCACGACUCGACAAAGCACAGAGCCAUGCGGGGAUAGGCCUGUGUGCACAGACCAGACUGAGGCAAUGCAAUAUCAACAACCCUCGGAAUCCACAAAUCAACCUUUGGUAAAUUCAAAUGAAAGACCUGAUUCCUUUGGCACACCAGACGAUGCCACACCAUCAACACAUAUGUCUUGUCACAGAGCCAUUGAUCAGACAGACAAAGAUAUGGAGAAUCUUGGGCAACGCAUUCAGAAAAUGUUAUUUAAGGAUGAUCGGGCUGAAGUGUAAUGCAACAUUUGCGUGUACAAUGUAUAUGUUUGCAAUGUGCAUUUUUUAAUAAUUUAGAUUAUUGGAACUUUGAUUUGAAUAUGUGAACAUUGCCAUUGAGGUACAAAUAUUUGUAUGAAUAUCGUUUAUCCUUACAAUUUGUUAAAGAUAACUGACUAGCUAAUAAUUGACAGAUUUUAAAGAUGCAAAUUAGGUCAAAUAUUUAUCACGAGAGCUCUCAAACAUGCAUGCAAAGUGGAUGUCCACAAAAGUGUGGCAUUUGAUGAACAAUAAAACCACUUAACUUUAAUAUACAAAUAAAAUUACAUCAUGGACUUUUUUGUCAUAUCCCUUUUUUAUAUUCUAUUUGGUAAACUGAUGUUAUUCGGAUCAUAUCCGUUGGAUGCUGGGAUAUUCAGAUAUUUGGUAUAUGUUGCACAGCCCUAGUACCUGUACCAAAAGAAUGCAUAAUUUCCUUGGUAUAAAUGUAGCAUAUAUUAGUAGGUACAUAUUUACACUCUGUUUUGCUUUGAAAAUGUCAUUUUAAGACCAGAAUGAUAUGUAUAUUUUGUUAGUUUAGGUGGCAGGGAGAAAGUUUGAACUGAAGCUUGAGACAAAUUGCCACACAAAAAAAACGCUGUUGACAAAAACAUACAUAUUUGGGUUUGUAAACCAUUCAUUUGGUGGUGUUGGGAUUUUGGGUGUUUUUUUUUGAGUGAUAAUAUAUAGUGAUGGGUGAUUAAAGCAUUACUAUAGGAUUGUAGUUCUGUAUAUCAGAACUGAUUGGCAGUAUCAGCUUGCAAGUAAAAUUUCAUGUAAGCAGACUUAAUUACAUGUAUGUGCUUAUAUAGGGUAGCAUCAAGAAACAAAGCAAUUGAAUGGAAAUUUGUAAUUUUGCAUUAGUAAUUUUGCAACCUUUGUGUAUUAAGAAUGGUGGUAUACCUAUGGUAUACCAAUGGAGUCCAUGCACGAACAGUAGGUGGUGCUUCGUGACUACUUCUAGAGCAUUCUAACACAAUCCCGACGGCACUUGAUGCUCACAGGAGGAGACAUUAGUAUGAGUUUGUGCACAUUCUGAACAAGAAAUUGCAUGUUCUUUCAAGUGCAUGGUCUCCCCCAAAUCUCUUCUCAAAAUCUUUGUGUUCAGUGUCCAUUUUUUUUAAAUAAUAUUUUUUUAUAAUAAUAAUCAAUUACAUGCUCAAGCUUGAAGUUUGGGUACUUGUUAAUAUUGUGCUUGUAUGUUUGCAGUAAUCUUCAACACAGCUUGAAUUUGAUGUGUUAAUCGGUGCACUUGACUAAAUAAAACCAAAAAAAAUGACUGAAACGACUACCUUUGCUUUGUAGGACAAAAUACAACUUUUGCAAUAAAAAUGAGGUUGGCACAAGCAGAAUAUGCGACAAGGUCAAAUGUUAAACUCAACAACUUUUGAAUCAUAUUAUCUUGUAUUGUUGAAUGGUUUUCAUGUAGGUAGGCCCCUUAUGUAGAAAUUGCUACAUAUAUGUGCAGAAAGUGUGAAUACAACUUAUUUCAUCAGUUCAUUGAAUACAUCACAGUUCUGUCUGAAAAUAUAAAUUGUGUAAAUGUCCUAAAACAUAAAUGAGUUUGACAUUUUGUCAUUUCAACCAUCAAGUGUUAUAUCCACGCAGCUUGCAGUUGUUUUUUUUUUCAAGGCUAGUCAAUUGAACUAAGAACUGUGAUGAACAGAAACUGUUCACGAUCUGUCAAAUAAUAAAUAGUCAUAAUGUAAUCAUAUACAUUAAACAGUACUUGAUAAUAAAAGUGUUGCUUGUUCUA